GAGAAAACGUGGGCGGCGCACGUGGGGAAGAAGAAGGAGAUGAUACCUCAGGGCAGGGCCUGCAGAGACUGCAUGCAAUUGUUGCUUGAUGUCUGGCCAGGCGUUGCAUGGGGGGAUCACGCCACGAAGUACACUGCGAACAUCGAUGACCACGAAACGAAGGUCGACAUGGCGAAGGAGAUCAAGCUGAAGAAGAUUGAGGCUCCGUUGGUCAGAUCGACCGAAACUGCGGGUUCCUACUUGCACUGGGAUGGCAUUGUCCUGGACUCGGAUCAAUUCACAAAAAAGUUCUUGCAUACCCACGAAGGCAUCCCGGAUGUAAUGGAGAUCUCGCUCAACAGAAAUUUGGACGGCGCAGAAGAAAAAACAUUCGCAUUCCAAGGCCCCGACCAACCCUACCGCAAGAUUCGCUUCUUCAGUCAGUGCGACUUGUCGAAGAGCAUUGGUUUGUUGCCAGCAGAGAAGCACUUGGUGGAUGGCCAAGCACGGGCCAAGUUCGAUUCGCAGAUGAAGCUAGAUGUUGGAGCUCGGCUCCAGCAGCUCCGAGGAAAUCAAUUCGCCAACCUCCCGGCGCUGCAGGCGAUCGAGGAGAACGUCCGCAAGGUCAAGGCAGAUGAGUAUUCGAAGAAGAACAAAGACCUCGAGCAGAUGAAACAAUGGGAAGAGAGGAGGCGAGAGAAGAAAGCUGCCGGAGAAGAGCUUGAUGACCUCGGCAAAGAACUAUUUGAAUCGUCCUCGGAGGCCAGCAACGAAGGGCAAGUCGUCACCGCGACGCAUGUUCCAAAGGAGCAGGGCAAUGCCAAGCUCGCAGGCAAGUCUAAGAAAGGUGCAUCGUCGGGGGCGGCCGCAGCGAGGGCUUCAGCUGCUGGCUCCGCGGCUGGCGACCUCGGCGGCAUCGAGGAGUUGGAGAUCAAAAGCGUGGGCCUGAGUGGAAGCAAGACGGUCGCGUCGAUGAACACCGCCAGAUCGCCUGCCAAUGGAGACGCCCCAUCGGAUCCGAAGGGCGCAGUCGAGUAUUGGAUGAAUCGCGCGGGCAAUGAUGACAUUCUCAGGACUGGCGCGAAGCUUGGGAAGGACAUCUCCCAG